GAUCGGUGCACUUGGGCUCCAAGAAACCAUCGUUCAUUUAAUUAUUUUUUGGUUUUUCUCCAAAAUAUUAAAAGUCAAACGAGUUCCAUCACAGUCUCCAUUCAUCAAUUCUCAAAUUAAUUUCCGCAGUAUAAAAGUCAGAUAAAUCCGAAUUUCUUAACGGAAGCACAAGUGAAAUUGAACGGAUUAGCGGUUCGAUGGAGAGUUUGUUGGUGCGCAUGUGCAUCGAUGCAGCCACUGAGAGCGCCUCCGCCGUCGAGAAGUGGCGGAGGCAGCGGCGGACUCUUGAGCGCAUGCCGUCUCAUCUCGCCGACGAUCUCCUCCGCCACCUCCUCCGCCGCCGUCUGCUUUUUCCUUCCCUGCUCGAAGUUUUCAAAUACAGUGUAGAGGAAAUUGAUUUGAGAGGUGAGAGCUUUGUAGAUGCAGAAUGGAUGGCAUAUUUGGGGGCAUUCCGGUACUUGCGUUCAAUGGUUUUGGCAGACUGCCAUAAAAUCAAUAAUUCAGCUCUUUGGAAUAUAACAGGAUUGAUGAAUUUAAAGGAGCUGGACCUUUCAAGAUGCUCCAAGAUAACAGAUGAAGGGAUUAGACAUUUAUUAUCAGUUCCAGACCUCGAAAAGUUAUGCAUUUCAGAAACAGGUGUUUCUGCAAACGGCAUAUCGAUUCUCGCUUCACUGACUAACUUAAUGAUGUUGGACCUUGGAGGUUUACCUGUCACAGAUUCAACUCUGAGUUCCCUUCAGGCUCUCAAGAAACUGCAACAUUUAGACCUUUGGGGGAGUGAAAUAUCUAACAAAGGUGCAGUUCUCCUCAAGACUUUCCCAAGCUUGAGUUUCUUAAACCUAGCUUGGACCAAUGUAACAGACUUGCCGAAUUUGUCGUCUCUUGCAUACCUAAACAUGAGCAACUGCACCAUACAUUCUCUAUUCGAAGGAGAAGGUCAGAAGCCUUACCUGGAGAAAUUGAUUCUAUCAGGAGCUACAAUCACUAAUGUUGAUGUCGCCUUCGAAUGUGUCGAAACACGUAGACUCUGUUUCCUGGAUAUAUCCAACUCGUCCGUACAGUCGUUCGGGUUUUUGAGUUCGAUGAAUGCAAUGACCGAUUUGAACCUGAGUGGUACUGCAUUAACUGACAAUUUUGUCGAACACAUUGCACACACAGGAGACAAUUUAAGAUACCUGAAUCUCAGCAGUACAAGAGUAAGUUCAGACGGGAUUGCAUCAUUAGCUGGAUAUGUUCCUAGUCUCGAGACUCUAUUGUUGUGUGGCACAUCCAUUGAUGAUAAAGCUCUCCCAUAUAUUAGCAUGAUGCCAUCUCUCAAAGUCAUCAACCUCAGCAGUACAAAUGUGAAAGGUCUAAUAUACCAAGAAAACCGUAUUCCUGAUGAGGUCCCAUCAUUUUCCGCACUGGAAAGUCUAAGCCAUUUAGAAAGGUUAGAUUUGGAGGAUACACAUAUCAAAGAUGCUGGACUUUGCCCGCUCACAAACAUGGCCAAGUUGAGCUAUUUAUCCCUCAAAAACGUCUCCCUUACAGAUGCCUCUCUACACCAAAUCUCAUCUUCCGCAAAGUUAAUGUAUCUCGGUUUUCGUGAUGCUGUAUUGACCGAUACUGGACUUGCUGCGUUCGUUCCUCCUCCAGCUUUGGAAGUUCUUGAUCUAAGAGGAUGCUGGCUAUUAACACAGGAUGGUAUUUUGCAUUUCUGCCAUAAGCAUCUUCAAAUUGAAGUAAAGCAUCGAUUUGUAGAGACUCUUGAUAAAAAGAACUCCCCUUAUUCGUCUCCAUCACGAGCAACUACGAAGAGUUUGCAGUUCAAGCACAAGGUGGGCAAGCUGUCCGUGUCACCGCUCAAGUCUGAUGAUAUAUUUCUGGAUCAAAGAUUGAAAUAUAGCAAAGAAGAAUUAUUAGCUCUGCAAUUUUGUUCUGCGACAUUUUCAACUUCAACUUCGACUCUGCAAUUUGUGUGACGACUUACUCACAUAAAGUUGGAAUCCAACUUUCUGGUUCUUAUAAAUAUAAAAUAUGCAUGAAUUUUGUCUUGGGGAUUUGUGGUAGUUGUAUGUUGUAUUCCGAAGAGGACUGCAUUGGCUGGUUUUGUGUAACUGCGAGCAGGGGUUUAUACCUCAUUGCAGAUUUGAAUUAUGCUUUAUUCCGGAAAAUGCGAACUUUAUACCUUAAGAUCAACUUGAACGGCUCAGCAUAGGCAAUGCACUGCAUCUUUUACUCGAGUA